AUGAUGAGAGGCAAGUUGGGUAAAGGCAUUAGAGGUAGAAGAGGAAAAGGACGAGGUGGUAGAAAGAAGGGCACUUACAUCCAAAGUAGCAGUACUGAGAGUAGUGAAAGUGAGAAUGAUAAGAUCAAUAUAAGCAGUCAUGACAGUGACCAGAGUCCUGUUAUAAACAAAGUUGAUAGACAAAAGGAUAGGAAAGCAAAAGAUCAAGAGAAAGUAGAGAAAGAAAAAGAUCAAGAGAAGGUAGAGCAAGAAAACGAUCAAGCCCAGGAGGAAGAGAAAGAGAAGGUAGAGAAAGAAAAAGAUCAAGAGAAGGAAGAGAAAGAAAAAGACCAAGAGGACGUAGAAAAAGAUGUUACUCAAGAGAAAGAAGAAACACAUUACGAAGAAGUUCUGCAAGACGACAGCUUUUUGUAUGCUGCUACUCUAACAGAAGAAUUGGGAUAUCCCAUUGUCCAGGAUCUUUUGCAGCUGCAGAUGAAUACUGAGGAAGGGAUUUUGGAAUUUGAGGCUACUGACAUUAGCAAAGAUGAUGAAAUCAAAGUGGGUCAAUACGUCGCUGUUGCAUAUGAGAGCGAAUGGUUCACUGGACUUGUUGUGGAAAAGGUGGAUGACACUUUUAAAAUUAAUUUUAUGAAAAAGAUAUCAACCGGAAAUGACUUCAAAUGGCCCGCCAAGGAAGAUACAUCCUGUGUCAGAAAAGAAUUCAUUUUCGAAACUAAUGUUGAAGUCAAGUCACCAAAGACUCCUAUGGCAGGAUUUGGCACAUUAAAGAGUACAAAGAAAUACAGAACAAAUUUCAAUCUUUCUGCAAAAAAUUUUUUACUAAUUGAUAUCAUUAUGUCCAUACAUUUUACUGACCAAGAGAUUUUAAGGCUUAUGGAAGUACUUAUGUAUAAAGAUUAACUCAUUAUGUAAGGAUUAUUCCUAUCUCAAUAUGUUAUCAAGCAUAUAUUUUUGAAAUAACUUUAAAUUUCGAUAAAGCAAAACAAAAUUUUGAUAUCAAACAUUAAGAAAGUUAGUUGUUUUAUGCGGGUAAAAUUGCCCCAUACACAUUGUUAACAACUUCUCUGAUCAAUGGUGUGUAUUGCUUCUGGAUACAUGAUUAAAGAAUAAACUAUAUCUGAUAGUGAUCAGCAUGAUGAUGUUACACCUCCAUAAGCCUUGAAAUGUCAAGACAAGUCAAAUAUUACAACUUUUAUUUAGAAAUAUACUUUAAUUUGUAUGUUCAUGCUGUUGUUGUUCAAGUGUUACAAGGUUCAUGAAUUUAAGAUUUUAUUUUCCAAUGUUCAACUCUUCCUCUUCAAGAAAUGUUAAGUGCUGUAAAACCUGGAAAAUUACAUUGAAGUGCUGGUUAACCUUAAAUAUUUCAUGUUAGUGCUUCACCUUGAGAACUACACUUUAGUGCUUUUUAACAUUGAAUAUAACAUGUUAGUGCUAAUGUAACUGGAAUAAUCUGUAAUGCCUUCAUAUCACAGAACUUGGUUCUUAUGACUAAAUCCAUGAUUUUGAAUUUAUUGGUAUAUGUAUGCGUAUGUUAUAACUAUGUCAUGUGUAUGUUGUAUACAAAUUCUAAUAAUGAGUGUUUUUAAUGCACUAAAUCAUAAACAAUAAAUGAAUAAUACAAGGACUACAAGAUACAGUCAAAUAUAUAUAAUACAUAGUAUUGAUCAAAAAAAAAAUCUGUACACGAGAAGAUUUUUUUAUAUAUAAUUUUGCAUGAAACAAUGUAUGAAAAAUUUCCAGAACAUUUUAAUGAAAACAUUAUUACGUGUACACAACACAUACAUACCAUGCAUACCAUGCACAUUGUGUACUUUGAUUAAAAUAACUGGUUACAUACUACUCUUAUGCAUAACCAGUUAUUUUUAGCUCACCUGGUCCAAAGGGCCAAGUAAGAUUUUCUCAUCACUUGGCGUCCGUCGUCAGUCGUCCUGCGUCCGUCGUCCGUAAACUUUUACAAAAAUCUUCUCCUCUGAAACUACUGGGCCAAAUUUGACCAAACUUGGCCACAAUCAUCAUUGGGGUAUCUAGUUCAAAAAAUUUGUCCGGUGACCCGCCCAACCAACCAAGAUGGCCGCCAUGGCUAAAAAUAGAACAUAGGGGUAAAAUGUAGAUUUUGGCUUAUAUCUCUGAAACCAAAGCAUUUAGAGCAAAUCUGACAGGGGGUAAAAUUGUUUAUCAGGUCAAGAUCUAUCUGCCCUGAAAUUUUCAGACCAAUCAGGCAACACGUUGGGUUGCUGCCCCUGAAUUGGUAAUUUUAAGAAAAUUUUGCAGCUUUUGGUUAUUAUCUUGAAUAUUAUUAUAGAUAGAGAUAAACUGUAAACAGCAAUAAUGUACAGCAAAGUAAGAUCUACAAAUAAGUCAACAUGACCAAAAUUGUCAAUUGACCCCUUAAGGAGUUAUUGCCCUUUAUAGUCAAUUUUUUACAAUUUUCAUAAAUUUUGUAAACUUUUGUAAAUUUUUACAAAAUAUUUUCCACUGUAACUACUGGGCCAAGUUCAUUAUAGAUAGAGAUAAUUGUAAGCAGCAAGAAUGUUCAGUAAAGUAAGAUCUACAAACAUAUCACCAUCACCAAAACACAAUUUUGUCAUGAAUCCAUCUGUGUCCUUUGUUUAAUAUGCACAUAGACCAAGGUGAGCGACACAGGCUCUUUAGAGCCUCUAGUUUGUUAUUAUCUUAGAUAUCAUUAUAAUAUCUAAUAUCUAAUACUAUUAAUUAUGAUUUUAACCUUAUUUUACAUGAUUUCCAAAGCAUCAGUAAAUAAAGGUGAGCGACACAGGCUCUUGAGAGCCUCUAG